AUGAGGAUGCUGAAGAUCAUGUGUCAAAACAAAACCAACUUCACGGAGAAAGAAAUGGAACUGGUGGCUCGUUCAGGGUCAAAUAUUGGCUUUCCUCAGUGUUGUAAAUAUUUUGCUGGGAGCAAGCAGGCACAGAGUAAAGGAGUUGAGUUCUUCCUGAAGCCACAUGAUUACAUCUUGGAGGAGGUAGACAGGUUACAGGAGAGUGAUGGGCUUGGUUACUGUGUUCUGUUGCUGGUGCUGCUGAGAGGAGGAUGUCUACAAACACAGGAUCUCUCACACGGCAGGGCAUGUAGGAAUGCCGAUAUUGACGUGGUGAAAUGUCUGCACGAGUCGGGUGCUUCCCUUGACAUGACAGAUGUCACCGGUGAGACAGUGCUUCACAAGGCAGCAAGAUCGCCGACUGACACUAUUGACAAACUCAGAUAUCUUCUGGAUAUCAGAAAGGACCUUUUACAAAUUGAGGACAGUCGGGGAAGAACAGCUGCAUUUGCAGCAGAUGCUAUGGGUAAAACAGCUCUACACUGUGCAACUGAAAGAGGAAGGACUGACAUUGUGAAGUUAUUGCUGGACACACCCAUUGAUCUGCAAGUUCAAGAUGUAAGCGGCAGAACUGCCCUUCACUAUGCAUCUGAAUUCAACACUGAUAUUCUGAAACUCCUGCUAGAUGCGGGGCUGAUCCUUGUAUUCAAGAUGGGCUUAGAAAAAGUACAUUGCUAA